AUGUCCUUUUGGGAGGCGCAUUUUCUUCUUCGCCUUAUUCGUGCAGAGCACCCGGGUGCCGCGCCAUUAUAUAGUCCUGGCCGGUAUGACGUGUGCCUCGUGUUUUUCUACUCGCUGAUAUGCAUUGUGACACACGCUGUGUUGCAGGAGUAUGUAUUUGACCGUUUUGAGAAAAAGCUCAACCUCACGAAGAUACGCCUGGGAAAGUUCAAUGAAUCAGCACAUUUGACUUGCUUCUACACUCUAUCCGUCAUUUGGGGAAUUUAUAACGUCAUCAAUGAAAACCUGAUACCUAGCUUGAGCAGUCUUUGGGAGGGAUACCCACAUUCGCUGUUACCGUUUUGGACCAAGAUGUUUUUGCUAAUUCAGAUUUGCUACUGGAUACAUGACUUUCCAGAGCUCUACUUCCAGCGUGUGAAAAAGGAACUCAUUCCAGCCCGUAUUCUACAUGCAACCAUGUUUAUAAUUGGUAUUGGCUUCGCAUACGUCGGGGGACUUUCGAAGCUCUGUAUAGCUUUGUUGAUCGUACACUAUGCUACUGAUGUCUUCUUGCACUCUGCCCGUGCAUUACACCUAGCGGAUUAUCCUAGGAUUGCGUCAGUGGGAUCCACUGCAAUGAUUUUCCUGUUUAUCUCGCAAGCUUACAUGGUUUGGAACUUCAUCACGUUCCAUCAGCGAUCAAGACGUGACAAGCAGUCCCAUUCAUCAUCCAAGGGUGGUUGGCUAGGUGGCGCCAGUCAAGAUGCAGGCGGUGCCAAGAAGAAGGAAAAGAAGAAAGUGAGGCGGGAAGAGGAAGAGCUGAGCGAUGGCGUGGACAGUGCUGUGGACCAGAACAAUCAGCGUGAUGUACGCCGUCGUAAAGUCAACAAAUCCCGCCCACAAACCCAACAGCAAUAGCCACUAGCCCAAAUCCGCUCGACCGUUGUUGUUGUACCAUACGCAAUCCGAGUCGGUCAAGUGCCUGUUCCCCGCCCCCUACCCCCGUAUCCAAACCGUUUUUGAUAGCCCUCCAUGAACUGCUGAUCUAAUUGCGUGUGGUGACAGUUGAUUUGUUCCGUAAUUGCCUUGCUAGCCAUUUCGUGUUUCCCUAUUUUGUGGUUUUUGGUUACACUGCACUGCACUGCACUGCAUGUGUUUUCCCCUUUUUUUGUACAGUUGUGUCCCUUUUGAAACUCUAUUUGGCAUGCAUGUUGUACUUGGCACCUGGUGAAUAACUCCAAUGACCAGUCUUGGUGACA